AAUAAACCGGGAAAUAAAAUAUGAAAUGGACGGUUAGUAGCGUUUAGUGAAAAGUGAAAACUAAUAAACUCGUCUGUAAUCACAAUUAGAGGUGACUCUUAAUCGAAACAAAUAGGAAUCGGAUGCGAAGAAAAAGAUAACCCCAAUUCAAUUCAGUGGCGAAGGAAUACGAAUCACAAUAGUAGCUUAGUUGUUGUCUUCGUCUUGCUUAUAUAUAUAUAAUGGCGGAGACGACGGCCGCGGAGAUGGCGGCGGUGAAGCAAGUCAAUGAAAUCACUUCGCCGGCGGUGGCGGUGAACAACCCUAGUAGUGAUCAUCCCUUUGCUUUUCACGUGUCGGGGCCUCGUAAAGUGUCUUCGCCUAGUUGGCGUGAUCUUCUCAAUUCUAGUUGGAAGGAUGGCAAUUAUAAGAGGACAGUCAUUGCCUGCUUCAUACAAGCAGUUUACCUGCUUGAACUUGACAGACAAGAAAAUAAAUCAGAGCAAACUGCUCUUGCUGCAAAAUGGUGGAUACCUUUUAAGUACAAGCUCUCCCAAACGUUAAUAGAUGAUAGAGAUGGAUCCAUAUAUGGCGCAAUACUUGAAUGGGAUAGGGCUGCAGCUUUGGCUGACUUUGUACUGGUUAGACCCAGUGGGGCACCUAGGGCUGUGUUAGUUCUCCGGGGUACUCUACUCAAAAGUCUCACAUUUAGACGAGACAUAGAAGAUGACCUUCGAUUUCUAGCUUGGGAAAGCUUAAAGGGUUCUGUCAGAUUUAAUGGAGCUUUAGUUGCUUUGAAAUCUAUUGCUGAUAAGUAUGGAAGUAACAAUGUUUGCAUAGCAGGUCAUUCCCUAGGGGCAGGUUUUGCCCUUCAAGUAGGGAAAGCAUUGGCCAAGCAGGGAAUUUAUGUGGAGACACAUCUGUUUAAUCCACCAUCUGUUUCACUUGCCAUGAGUUUAAAGAAUAUCAGUGAAAGAGCUGGUUUUGCCUGGAAAAGAAUUAGAGCAAUGCUUCCUUAUGCCACUGAAACUCAAGGCAGCGGGGAUGACGGCAAAAGUUCUUGUACUGGACAGAACAAAUGGAUGCCGCAUUUAUAUGUGAACACCAGUGACUAUAUUUGCUGCUAUUAUACUGAUCCUGCGGGAGCAGAAGUGAAGCAGAUAGACAAGGAGAAUGUGGGUCAGAUAGCCGGGCAAGCGGCUGCUGCAAAGCUAUUUGUGAUGUCGAAGGGAAAGCAAAGGUUUCUCGAGGCACAUGGGUUGGACCAGUGGUGGGCUGAUGAUUUGGAGCUCCAACAGGCAGUUAAUGACAGCAAGCUAAUAAGCAAGCAGCUAAAAUCUUUAUACGGCCUACAGGCCUCACAGCAAACGCAGAACAAGCCUCAGGUAUCCGAAACUUGGCGUGGAUUACGUUCAAUGUAUGCUAAGUAAGUCAUUUUCAAGAUUCUUUAUUGCUGCGUAUUUUCAGUUGUUGACAUAUAAUCAGCUCAGUUGUAUUAAUCACAGUCUGCGUGUCAGAUGUAAUAACAUAAUCUACUUGGAAA